CCAUUUGCGAUACGAAAGAGAAUCUUCAUAGGUGUUAAAAUCGUCAACAUGAUCACACUGAAAAAUUACUUGUUGCUAUCAACAUUUUUACUAACAAUCUCUGUAAAAUCUGAGAGUUUAGUUGGAUCUGAAUGUAGGUUGAGGACUAAUCAUCAAGGAAUCUGCACGGACUACAAAAACUGCAAAGAUUUAAUUGACAAAUUAAGAAGUCAUCAAAUUGAGUAUAAAGAUGUUGUGUUUUGUGAUUCUUAUGGACUGGUUUGUUGUCCCUUAACUGAUAAUAAUAAUCCAGAACUAUUGCCACCACAAGAGAUAGCAUUUAAGCGAAGAAUUAGUGAUGAAAAAUGUAAAGAAUAUGCAGAAAGCACCAAGCAAGUUUCCUACUUAGCAUCACCAAUCUUAGGAGCAAAACCUUUUAAAGUUGUCAUCGACAAAUGCAACCACAAAUCAGUUUCGCUUAUUAUUGGUGGAACUGAAGCUAAACCUCACGAGUUUCCACAUCAAGCAGUUCUGGGACAAGGUAAAGAAGAUUCAAUCGAUUGGGUGUGCGGUGGUUCACUGAUUUCAUCGCAAUUUGUCUUGACAGCUGCACAUUGUGUUCCAUAUGCCAAUUUCGUGAAAAUUGGAAUAAACUCAUUAUCACAAAGCAGUGACCAAAAACUCUAUAAAGUUGUCCAAAAAAUCGUACAUCCAGAUUAUGAUAAAACAAUUACUAAUAAUGACAUUGCUUUGCUAAGAUUAAAUCAAAACGUUGAAUUUAAUGAAGAUAUUCAUACAAUCUGCUUGCCAACAAAACAAUACGAUGAGCCAAAAGCUAUUGUUUCUGGAUUUGGCAAAACUAGCUUUUAUGAUCCAAUAUCUGAUAAAUUGUUGAAAGUUACAGUAGACAAAUUUAGUAAUUCAAAAUGUAAGGAGCUUUACGAUGAAAGACCAAUUUAUGAGAAGACGAUGUUGUGUUAUGGACAUUAUAAUGAAACUAAGGAUUCUUGUGAGGGGGAUUCUGGUGGUCCACUUCAAGUAUCAAAUCAACAUCAAGUAAGUUGCACUUACAUGCAGAUAGGAAUCGUAAGCUUCGGACCAAGACUUUGUGGAUCCAAAGGAGUUCCAGGCGUCUACGUCAAUGUUUUCAACUACAUCGAUUGGAUUGAGAACAUUGUUUGGAAGGAUGGAAUUUAGAACAACUACUUUAAUAUUAAGACCUAGAUUCUUUUAAGAAUCAUCAUUAUUUAUUUAAAAUAAUAAAUUGGAAAUUCUCAUUCUUUGUAAUUUUCUGGGAUUGAGAAACAAUAGGAAAAUAAUUCUUUAAUAGUAUUCUCAUCUAGUUCUGUAGUAGCUGUUUAAGAUCAAGGCGUGGAAACUAUCUCAAAUAUCAUUAUUAAUCCCACAUAUCCCAAAAAUAUUCAAAAAAUUCCUGAGCAUGUAUGCACGAUAAUAAAGAUAUCCCAACGUACAUAUCUUUAGUGUAUUGGACGUGUAAUUUCAGGAUAUGAUUGGAUAUCUCAAUUCUAAUGCAUACAGGCUCAGGGAUUAUUUUGAAUAUUUUUGGGAUAUAUGGCCAUUAAUGAACAACUCCUAGUUGGUAUCAAUGAUGGUCUAUCAUUGCUACACCGCUCUGUCCCCGAUCCUAUCUCAAACCAUACAAUUAAAAACAAAAAUGAAUUAUAUCAAGCUACAGAUAAAUAAGCAUUAAAAACAUCAAAAUUAAAAACAAA